CAAAAAAGGAGACGUCAGAUACCGACACCCUCGUCGAGGUUUUCUGCCUGCGUUGUCUCCCUCCUGAGCCCUCGCCGCCCCGAAUCGAAUUGCUGCGAUAACAGAGAGCCUUCCCCCGGAAGGCCCCUCAUACAACCAGGCGUCAUGGCGGACGUCCGGUCCAAGAACCUCUACGAGCUUCUUGGCAAUGAUCCCGAAUUCGACCCCAACAGAGAACCCGAGCCUCCCACAAAAGCCCUAGAUAAGCCAGUUCCUCGACAUGGCAAGCGCGAUGCCCCUAAGGAGGCUCCCGUCCGUACUGCCGAGUCUGCCCCUCGCCGUGGUGGACGUUUCACUGGCAACGAGGCCGCUUUCCGCGACCGUAACGCCGGCAGCCGCACCAACCGUGAAAAGCCCACCGAGGAGGGCAAGGAGCCCAGCCGACGAUUCGACCGUGGUGGUCGUCCCCCUCGCCAUGACCGCCAAUCCCGCACUGGCCAGACUGAUACCCGCAAACAGGUGAACCAGGGCUGGGGUAACCAGAGCGGCGACAAGACCUGGGAUGAUGAGAAGGCCGGCGACAAGAUUGCCCAGACUGACGAGAAUGAGCCCCAGACGCCUGCUGAGGAGGAGCCUAAGGAGCCCGCCGACAAGUCCAAGUCCUUUGCCGACUACAUGGCCGAGAAGGCUGCCCAGGAGGACCUGAGCGCCAAGCCUGUCCGUUCCGCCAACGAGGGUGCCAAGGUCGACAAGAAGUGGGCUGCUGCUAAGGAGCUGAAGCGUGGAGAGGAGCAGGAUGCCUACAUUAAGGGCAAGGAUGAUAAGUCCAAGCGUGAGAGACAGCGCAAGGAGAAGAACUUCGUCGAUGUCGACAUGCGCUUCGUCGAGGCCCCCCGCACUGGCGGCAAUGCUCCUCGUGGUGGCCGUGGCCGUGGUGGUCGUGGCGCUGGCGCUGGCCGUGGCGGCCGUGGUGCUGGUCCCCGUACCGACCGCCCCGCUCCCGUCACCGUCGACGAGAAGAACUUCCCCACUCUUGGUGGCAAAUAAAUGAAUCUUUCAUCAUCUUUCCCCCCCCCCCGGCAACUUUUCUGAAGGAGUAUGUCUUGUGUCAAUUACAUGAUGGAGAGGAAUACGCUGGAGGGGCGGGGGGAGGGUUUGGAAGAAUGCGAGAAGGAUUUAUACGCAAAGCGCAUGCAGGGCAAUAUUCAUCCUUCCGCCGAAAGUCUGCGUGAACCAAGUGUGGGAAUGGCGAGAGUAAGAACGAUACAAUUCAUUCGAUCCUCGCGUUUAGGUUUCUUUGUUUCGAACCCAAAAAAAAAAAGAUGCGGCUCCUCCCCAUGUAAUUUGAUUUGAAUGUCAAAAAUAG